AUGGUUUUAGUAAUCGGUGUUCAGGUUUGUAGUAUUUUAUUCAAUGGGAAAUAAUUGCGAAAUUUUUAAAGGGCACAUAUUUGGGCUACGUUGUUGGAAUGUUAACGACACUCGAAAAACGUUUCGGAUUUAGUUCGGAAAAAUCAGGAUGGCUACUGUCAUUAUACGAUAUCGGACAUACUGCCGCAAUUUUGCUAAUUGGAUACAUUGGAUCUCAUUAUCAUCUACCGAGAAUAACUGGAAUAGGUAAGUGAGAAACAUUAAGAAUUUUGUUUAAUAUACAUGUUUUAUUAUAAUAUUCUUAAAAAUAAAAAUUUAGCUCAUAUCCCCAACACAAAAUUUCAAAAAUCAUCGUAAAUAAAAAAAAAUAAAAAUUUUGGGCCGAACCGGGAAUCGAACCCGGGACCUCUCGCACCCGAAGCGAGAAUCAUACCUCUAGACCAUCCGGCCACUGAUAAACGUAAUAUCAUUUUGCCCUGAAAAGACUGCUGGAAGAAAAAUUAACGGUGAACAUUCAAAUUUCAGACCGCCGUGUGGAAUAAAACGAGAACAUUGUGAUAAUGAAACGUGAAAUUGAAAAUAAUACAAUUUAUAAAAAAAGUUCAGUUUAUAUAUGGGUUUCAAAUUUUCUGGAAAAAUAUCAAAUUUUUAAUUUUUCAAAUAUUUUUCCAGGCGUACUUUUGAGUGCAGCUUCAAUGUUUAUGUUGGCUUGUCCAGUAUUUUUAUAUGGAACUGCAGAUUACACAGAAGAACAGCUAAUACAGAAAAAAGAAGCAUAUGCUUAUGAAAUGGCUUGUGAUACAAAUGAAGAACGAUAUAUUUCUAGUCAAGGAGAGGAUUGUACAAGAGAGCAUGUUGAACAUACGGUAAGUUAUAGAUUUUGUUUAUUUUUGUUCAAAAUAAAAUAUUUUCCAGAAUGCUUUUAUACUAUUGGCUUUUGGUCAACUUUUUGCUGGAAUUUUUGCGGCUCCUUUCAACACUAUCUCUUAUGUUUAUAUCGAUUGUAAUGUUCAAGAUAAGAGAGAUUCCCCGUUCUAUUUAGGUUGGAAACGAAAAGAAAAAAAACAACAAAUUUUUUUUAAAAUUCCAGGACUUUUGACAUCGAUGUAUGCUUUUGGACCGGCUCUUGGAUUCUUACUCUCAUCAAUUUUAACUGGUGUUUACACCACACUUGGUGAUCCACCAAAUCAUAUUGGAACACACGAUGAACAUUGGAUUGGUGCUUGGUGGUUAGGAUUUAUUUGUUGUGGCACAGCAUAUCUUCUUUUAACUCUGCCAUUUUUCCUAUUUCCAAAAUCUUACAAACACCCGGAUUCAUUCCAUUUGAUGUUAGAACAAUCGACUUCACAUUUUCAACAGGAAGAAGAACAAUUAACUGUGAAAGAAAAAUUGCAGCUUUUCAUGAAAGGUAAUUUCAGCCUAUUGUUUUUUAAAAUCAAAAAUCGUAUUGUAUUUCAGAAUUCCCAUCAGUUUUGAAAAACUUGCUAACCAACAAAGUUUACAUAACAAUGGUUAUUGCAUGGAUGUUUGGAUCAUAUUUGAUUGGAGGUUAUCAAACAUAUCUUCCAAAAUAUAUCGAAACACAAUAUGGUCGAUCUGCAAGUAUGGCUGAUUUAUAUUCUGGAAUUAUUUCGGUUGGAGCAAUUGCGGUCUCAACUGCACUGGGAGGAUGGAUUCUUUCUAGAUAUAAUAUUGCACCGAGAUCUUCAAUUAUUUGCUUGAUUAUUUCAUGGGUCAUUAUUUUGUUGAGUUAUAUUAUUGGUAUGAAUCUUGGAUGUGCUCAACCAAAUAUGGAAGGCCUUACUUAUAUCGAUGUUGCCGAACGGUAAGUUUUCGGAUUUUUAUUGAGGAGAUAGAACAUUCAUACAUUUUUUUUUGACGAAAAGGGGAUGUUCCUGUUAGACGAAUUCAAGUUUAGUAAUAAUCUCAUCCUCAAAUCUGGAAAAAAAUUGUUUUUCUGAACCUUCCUCGUUUUUUUUUCACAAUUAAAAAAUAAUUAUAGAUAUGAUUUCUAUCACCAUCGAGAGCGAGAAUAUUCUUGCUUAUCCGAAUGUAAUUGUGAAACAAUUCUGAAAUUCGACGGUGUCAGCUUCAACGGGAAGAAUUUCUAUUCACCUUGUCAUGCUGGUUGCACACAGUAUGAUAUUUAUACUAACACAGUGAGCAUUUUUGAAUUAUUUCUCUUCUCUGAAUCAUAUACAUUUUCAGUGGUCUAAUUGUCAAUGUGUUGGUGACUAUUCUGUUAAUAACGGCCUAGUUCAUCCAGAAUGUGAUAUUUUCUAUGGAUAUUUGGCUGUUAUGUUGAUCGGACUGUUUUUAGGAAACCUAUUUUUCAUGGUCACAAUGAUGAUUGUUUUGAGGCAAGUUUUCAGAAUUCUAUCAUAUAAUUGCAUUAUUCUUUCAAUUUUUCAGAUCAGUUUAUGAUGAAGAAAAAGUUAUAGCCCUUAGUCUUGCCUCAUUUAUCACAAAUAUAUUUGGAUUUAUACCAGCCCCCGUUAUUUAUGGAUUUUUUAUUGAUCUCUGCUGUGUUUUAUGGAAUCGACAAUGUCCUAACGGUAAAUGUUUGAAAAUUCUGUCUAGUUGUCAACUCAUACUAUUUUUUUAGAAAAAGGAAAUUGUGUUCUUUACGACAACCUGAAGUUUGGAAAAAUGUUCCACGGAGUUAAUGCAUUUUUCCAAAUUUGUGCAAUCAUAUUUGCUAUCAUUUGCUAUUUCAUUUCAAAAAAAGUGAAACUUCCUGAAGAAAUUGAGAUGAAUGAAUACACAGAAGAUCGCAGGAGAGAAUAUCAAGAUCAUUAG